CACCACCACGUCUGCAGGCCAGGGCCCGUCUCCAGUCCUGCCCCAGUCCGUUCCUUCUUAAUAAUCUUCCCGGUUUAGCAUCGACAUGCGCUGCAUCUUGGCGGCCUCGCUGGCCGUGGCGACCCUCGCGGGUCGUGUGCUCGCGCACCCCGCGGUGAGCUACGGCGCUGACGACGAGGGGCCCGUCAGGCGCCGCAAGACGCUCGGCUUCGGGCCUGUGCACCCGCACGCGGUGUUCAGGCAGGUGCCGCAGCAGCCGCUGCCGGGCUUUGCGCCCGCGCCGCUGCGCGAUCCCGUGGAGGUGGCGAAGCACUUUGUGGGGGGCCUCCUGCGCGACCAGCUGCGCGCGGAGAGCGGGUUCGUGGUCAGGAAGGACUCGUACACGGACAAGGCGACCGGCGUCACGCACGUCUACAUCCGCCAAGUCGUGAACGGGAUCGAGGUGGCAGACGGGGAUAUCAACGUGAACGUCAAGGACGGCCAGGUGUUCUCCUACGGUGACUCGUUCUACCGCGGCCCCGCCCCGAGCUUCUACUCCAGCGCGGUCGUGCCCCACCCGCACGCCGACUACUGCACCGAGCUCGAGUACGAGCUCGAGAGCCAGCAGGACCGCUUCGAGCAGUGGCUCGGCGCGGCCGGGCAGGGCGAGCAGGUGCAGCUCGUGCGCCGCCGGUUCAACGAAGCGCUGCACGAGCCGCUCAAGCGCAUCCACAGCAUGAACUGCGCGUUCGUGAACUUGCCGUACGACCUCGCGCACAAGAGCACCGCGGCGGCGCUCGAGGACCCGCGCCAUGCGCUGCUGCAGUUUAUGGUCGCCGCGACCCCCGAGGAGGGUGUCGUCCAGGAUAUCUUGGCCAAGUAUGAUGAGUACCUGGAGGGCAUGAAGUCGACUUUUGAGGCGCAUCUGGUUGGGGACAUGCAGACUAUGGUUGAGGUUAUCGAUAACGUUCCGGAUGCGGUGAGCCCGGUCAAGGCCAAGCUUGCCUACGUCCAGGUGCCCCACGGUGACAAGACUACGCUGGACCUCGUCUGGAAGUUCGAAGUCGAGAUGAAGGACAAUUGGUAUGAGGCUGCUGUCUCCGCCAAGGCCCCUCACCGCAUCGUCUCCGUUGUCGAUUGGGCGUCGGACUCCCCUCUUGCCCCGGUACCCAAGGAACCCACUGAGAGGAAGCUCGCCACGUACAACGUUUUCGCUUGGGGUAUCAACGACCCUUCCGUCGGCAACCGGUCCAUCCAGAAAGAGACCUACGAUGUCAUUGCUAGUCCAUUCGGCUGGCACGGCCUGCCCUACGCCAACGACCCGACCGAGGACGACUUCAAGCGCGCGUCGAAGGCGGUCAAGAACACGACCACGACUUGGGGCAACAACGUCUUCGCGCACGAGGACUGGGAGGGCCGCAACGCGUGGAUGUACAACUACCGCCCCGACGCCGGCGAGAGCCUGAACUUCGACUUCCCGUACGAGCCCAAGUUGACGAACACGACCGACGCGCUCGAGGAGGCGCAGAAGUACAUCAACGCAACCGUCACGCAGCUGUUCUACACGUCGAACAUGGUGCACGACCUGUACUACCGCUACGGGUUCGACGAGGUCUCGGGCAACUUCCAGCAGCACAACUUUGGGCGCGGCGGCGAGGAGAACGACGCGGUGAUUGCGAACGCGCAGGACGGGAGCGGGUAUAAUAAUGCGAACUUCAUGACGCCGCCCGAUGGGCAGAACGGGCGCUGCAGGAUGUACCUGUGGAACACCGCGAUGCCGUACAGAGAUGGCGAUCUCGAGGCGGGCAUCGUCAUCCACGAGCUGAGCCACGGGCUGAGCACGCGGUUGACGGGCGGUCCGGCGAACUCUGGAUGUCUUGGGUGGGGCGAGAGUGGUGGAAUGGGUGAGGGAUGGGGAGACUUCUUGGCUACUACGAUCAGGAGCAACAAGAACUACUCGGAUUACGCCAUGGGUGCGUGGGCCGCCAACAGGCCGAACGGUAUCAGGAACUACGUCUACUCUUUGAACGAGACGAUCAACCCGUCGACGUACAAGACGCUCGACAAGCCCGGCUACUGGGGCGUCCACGCCAUCGGCGAAGUCUGGGCCGAGAUCCUGUGGGUCGUCUCGCAGCGGCUCAUCGCGAAGCACGGCUACGUCGACAGCCUCUUCCCGCCCGCGCCGCUCGACAACGGCACGAUCCCCUCGGGCGACUUUUACCGCCCGCAGGAGUACACCGCCGCGGGCGAGAAGAAGCCGCUCGUGCCGAAGCACGGGAACUCGCUCAUGGUGCAGCUCGUGCUGAACGGGAUGAAGCUCCAGCAAUGCCGCCCGUCGUUCUUUGACGCUCGGGACGCGAUCAUUCAGGCGGACCAGGUGUUGACGGGUGGGGAGAAUUACUGCGAGCUGUGGAAGGGGUUCUCGUCGCGCGGUCUGGGGCCUGAUGCUCGCGUUGAGGGCCGUACGCCUUGGGGCGGAGGAAUCAGGACUGAUGACUAUGCCGUCCCUAAGGCGUGCCUGGAGGACUAGGCCUGAUUUAUGGAUCUCAUGUUGCUUUCGUUAGAUGUACAUUUUAUCUUGUUUGCUCAUCUGUACUAGUAAACAUUCAUGAUUCCCGUCUCCCCGGAAUAUAUACGUUUUAUAAUGAAUGCAGGUCUGAAGGAGGG